AUAAGAGCCUUUGGGACACCAUCCAGCAUGUCAGUCACACAGCUUGGUGUAGGCUUCCCUUCUCUUGACCAACCCCAAACUCCACAUAUCCUUGAGAGAUGGCACCCAAGAAGGCUAAGAGGAGGCAGCAGCAGGCCGAGGGCGGCACCUCCAACGUGUUCUCCAUGUUUGAGCAGAGCCAGAUCCAGGAGUACAAGGAGGCUUUCACAAUCAUUGACCAGAACAGGGAUGGCAUCAUCAGCAAGGAUGACCUUAGGGACGUGCUGGCCACCAUGGGACAGCUCAACGUGAAGAAUGAGGAGCUGGAAGCAAUGGUGAAGGAGGCCCCCGGCCCCAUCAACUUCACCGUCUUCCUUACCAUGUUCGGUGAGAAGCUGAAGGGUGCUGACCCCGAGGACGUCAUUGUGAGCGCUUUCAAGGUCUUGGACCCCGAGGCCACUGGUGCCAUCAAGAAGGAAUUCAUUGAAGAGCUCCUGACCACCCAGUGCGACAGGUUCACCCCCGAGGAGAUGACCAACCUGUGGGCUGCCUUCCCCCCAGAUGUGGCUGGCAACGUAGACUACAAGAACAUCUGCUACGUCAUCACACACGGAGAAGAGAAGGAAGAAGAGUAAAGCACUCCUCAUCACCAUCUCUCUACCUCUCUCACUACCUCCCUUCUCAUCCUCCCCCCCCCUCUCUCUCUCUCUUUCUUUCCUUCUUUCCCACCCCUGCUCUCUUUUCUUCCUUGGCACGCUCUCGUUCCUCUGGCUCGGCUUCUCUCUCCCUCCUGCUCAUGAAAACAAAGACUUGUCUCCUGAGCUGAGAUCAAGACUUGUCUCCUGAGCUGAGAUCAAGACUUGUCUCCUGGGCGGAGAUCUUCGACUGAGAGCUUUUUCGGCUCUGAGGCUGUGACUGCGUGAGCACCAUUGAUGGAUAUGGGAUUAUUUUCAAUAAAAUAACCUUGAAACAAGAAAGCGACCCCUCUCUCUCUCUCACUCACUCUCUAACCUCUUUCUGCCUUUUAUUACUCUCCCCUUUCUCAUCUCUCUCUUCUCUCUGUCCCUAUCAAUCCUGUCCAACAGUGCAUGUACCAUAUCGACGCCAUCUUUGCAUAAGCUGCCCUCAGAUCAGUAGCCAAGCAAAAGAGAAGCCAAUAUUUCUUGGGAGCUAUGGCGCAUGCUCUUCCACUUAUUUGAAACAAGUAGGAGGUCGACCCUGUCUAGGGACUGCUGGGUCAGGAGUGCUGCAUAUGUGGAGCAGCACUUCCCUUUAUUUAAGCUUGUGAAGGAGAGCUCGUUAACAGAGAGGGGUCCUUUUUUCUAAAAUAGAAAGCCCACCCCUCUCUUUCAAUUGCUCUCAUUCUUGUCCCUGGAGACAGAGGGAUUGGGAUUGAAUUGGGGAAAAGGGGAGAAAGUGACAAAGACAAAAAAAAGGACAAAGAUUUUAGGAAGAUCUUUUUUUUUUCUUCCUACGAGAGAGUCAAUGAUUGGGACGUGGUCAGAACGAGAAAGAGAUGAAACCAAGACUUGUUUCUUUGUUUUGCAUCUUUUUCUCUUCCCCAUGUCCCCUUCAUCCCUCCCCAUCCCAUGUCUGUGUCCUUCUGCUGUUCACCACUGUAACUUAAAAAAACAACUAUGAAUAAAAAACACCAAUGCUUUCGUAA